AGACUAACGCUGCUGCACCCGCUCUGCAGCCUGUUCCGGUGCGGCUGACGGUGACCGUGGAGCAGGAUGGGUUCGGUUCGGACGCUCGGCAGGAGGUUCUGGGCUCCGGGAGGCCGCUGGGAGAGACUGAAGAACAGCAGAGCGGGCGUGUGGUGCAGCAGCCUGCUGUCCGACUAUAAGGAGGCGUGCAGGGAGGUGGUGCUGGGGGCGUGGGAGCGCCCGCUGAAGUCGUCGCUGUACGCCGCUCUGUUGGGCGGCGCCGGAUUCUGUUUCUACUCUAAACCCGACCAGUCGUCGUUUGAGGCCGACCUGCUGGAGCGCUCCAACCAGCUGGGCCUUCUGUCGCCGUGGGUCCGUAACGGCACCUCUGAUGGACACGUCCAGAACCUGGUGAAACUGCGUAACGAGGGCCGACUCCGCUUCGCCAGCCUGGGACUCGUCAGCGUGGUCUACGGCGCCGACUACGAGCCGGACGCCAUGCUGUACGAAGCCCGCUGCUCCGACCUGUCGGUGCCCUGGAGGGAGCUUCCUCAGCGGGUUCUAGACAUCGGCUUCACCGGCCGCUGGUGGGUUCUGGACUCCAAGAUGAAGGACUACGACAUCAACCAGGACGAAUACAAACACCUCCCUGCCCACAUGCAGGAGACCUCCCCCCCCAGCCCCCAGGAGGUGCAGCGGAACGAGACGUUACACCGCGAGUCCUGGUUACCCCUGACCAUGGAGGACGGCGAGGACGAGGCCCACUGAAACU